AUGGCGGUGCCGAAACACAAGCUUGACCAGCUUAUCCUCAACUAUUUCAUCCAGGAAGGGUUUCAAGCAGCGGCGAUAGCCUUUGCUAACGAGAUUGGCGUCGCUAUUGACCCGCUGGACCCCCGCCGCCAGACCCCCCCUGUCGCCACCGCCACCGCCAUCACCCAGGGUUAUCUGACCAUUACUCAGAGGAAACAAAUCAAACGGCUUAUACUUCAAGGUCAUAUAACCGAAGCCAUCGCCACCAUAUCCCAGUAUUUCCCCCUGGUGCUCGAUGCUAACAACCUACUCCAUUUUAAGCUAUUGCGCCUAAAUCUCAUUGAAAUGAUUAGAACUCACAAACAGGGCGAAGACAACGGCAUUGACGACGAAAACCAUGACUUUCUUUCCGAAAUUUUGGCGUUUGUCCGCGAGCAUUUGAUCACCAAGGUGCUGCUGCUGUAUAAGUUGCUCCACGAGCUCGAGGUGACGAUGCUGCUCUUGUGUUUCCGCUACGACCCCCUGCUGGCCGGGGUGGCGUCGUUGCCCGUGGAGCUUCGCGGGUUGUUUGAUCUCUCAAUGAGAACUCAGUGCUACCGGUUAGUUAAUCGGGCUAUUCUUUCGUUAAGCGAAACCACUACCUAUCUGGGAGUUCCCUACCCAGUAUUGGAUACUCUGGGUGUGCUGAAAAUCGAUGGCGCUCGGUUAGAAGAAGAUAAUAUCGGGGAGAUUACCAUAUACUCUCCCGAUGACGAGGACCAGUCGUCGCUCGCUAACGAGAUCACUACUGAUGCCAAUGGCGAGGGAGAAGAACCCGAUGAAGUCGAUGCCACCGUGCUUGAACUGAAACUUGAACGAGUGGUUAAAUUGUGGGCAGUCACCGAACAACGCAUCGCCGAUCUAAAUAUUAAGGGGUUGACUAAACCCGCCCCCGUCCCCGCAUGA